CGAGCUUCGAAAGGGCGGGAAAGGCGGUUGGAGAGGGAGAGGCGAGCGGUUACUCACUCCAUGGCUGCGGGAAAGAGAGGCAGCGGCGGCCUCAGGUGAAGAAAGAAGGCAGGAGCGGAGAGCGCAGGCGCGGUUGCAGACGCCAGUGGAUUUGCUUUGGGAGCCGGAGUAGCUGCCACCACCAGAGUCUGGAGCCAUGAGCGGGUUUAAUUUUGGAGGCACUGGGGCCCCCACAGCGGGGUUCACAUUUGGCACCACAAAGACGGUGACAACCACACCAGCUACCAGGUUUUCUUUCUCUACGUCUGGCACUGGCGGGUUUAAUUUUGGGACUCCCUCCCAGCCAGCCGCGAGUACCCCUUCCACCAGCCUGUUCUCAUUCACUACCCAGGCUCAGACCCCAGGAUUCAGUUUUGGGACUACCACUCCUGCUGCGGGAGCAACUGGGUUUUCUUUAGGGAUCAACACUCCGAAGCUAAAUUUGAGCAGCACGGCUGCCACGCAAGCCACGGUGCAGCCCACCGGCUUUGCGCUCAGCGGCGGCACCCUCACCAAUGCCAUCUCGAGCACCGUCACGUCCACCCAGGGCACAGCGCCCACUGGCUUUGUGUUUGGGUCCACCACCACCACCACUGCUCCGUCCACCACCCCCGGGGGCUUCUCAUUCACAAGUGGAAGCACAUCCCAGACCGGGACUACUGGCUUCAGCAUCGGAUCCACGGGAAGUUCGGCCCAGCCCACGGCCCUGGCCGGCUUGCCCUUCACUCCGGCUGCCACUGGAGCUGGGGCCACACAGCCAGCUGCUCCCACACCUACCACUGCCACCACCAGUGCCGGGCCCACGCUCUUUGCCUCACUGGCCACUGCUCCAACUUCAUCCACUGCCACUGGGCUCUCCCUCGGUGCCCCAGCGACCACGGCAGGAACUUCCGGAACAGGAACACUGGGCUUCAGCUUGAAGGCCCCCGGAGCAGUGUCCACCACCUCCACAGCAACAACCACCACCACUGCCACCACUGCCACCGGCUUCGCCUUGAGUCUCAAACCACUGGCACCAGCAGGGAUCCCCAGCAACACACCAGCCACCGGGGCCGCCGCAUCCGGUCCUGGUGCAGCUGCUGGGGUGACAGCCAGUCCCGCCAUGACCUACGCCCAGCUGGAGAGUCUGAUCAACAAGUGGAGCCUGGAGCUGGAGGACCAGGAGCGGCACUUCCUGCAGCAGGCCACGCAGGUCAACGCCUGGGACCGCACACUGAUCGAGAACGGGGAGAAGAUCACCACCCUCCAUCGUGAGGUGGAGAAGGUGAAACUGGACCAGAAGAGGCUGGACCAAGAGCUCGACUUCAUCCUGUCUCAGCAGAAGGAGCUGGAGGACCUGCUGAGCCCGCUGGAGGAGUUGGUCAAGGAGCAGAGUGGGACGGUGUACCUGCAGCACGCCGACGAGGAGCGCGAGAAGACCUACAAGCUGGCCGAGAACAUCGACGCGCAGCUGAAGCGCAUGGCCCAGGACCUCAAGGACAUCAUCGAGCACCUGAACACAUCCGGGGGUCCCGCCGACACCAGCGACCCACUGCAGCAGAUCUGCAAGAUCCUCAAUGCGCACAUGGACUCGCUGCAGUGGAUUGACCAGAACUCGGCACUGCUGCAGCGGAAGGUGGAGGAGGUGACCAGGGUGUGCGAGGGGCGGCGCAAAGAGCAGGAGCGCAGCUUUCGCAUCACGUUCGACUGAGAGUCCCCCCCACCCCCAUCCCCCGGCUCCGAGGGUGUUCAGCUGGGCACGUGCAGUCAUUGUCUGGUUUUUGGUUGCAAUGAAAUCCUGCUUUGCUUGUUUCUUUCUUUCUUUCAAGCAGAUGUGCUGUUAAGAGAACCAUUCUGUGGUUUGACUUUUUGCCUUAGUGAAUAGAAAGUAUUCUAAGCCUCUGGUCUAGGCAGCAGCCUAGUAGGUAUGGUUUCUGCGUGUGUCGUUAGUGUAUCCUAGACCCUCCCCACCUGCUGCAGCCACCCUCCUCCCAGUGCUGGGGGAGAGCUGAUCUGCCUGAGAACCGCCUGUCUCCCAGCCAGGGUACACUGGGCGGCCACUCUGCCCAGCACACAGUCACAGGUGCGAGAGAAAAGACUCAGCUUAAAGGACCUCCAUCCUUGAGGGGACGGCAGCCUGGUAUAAGUAUAAGCGGUACAAAGAAGGGACUUACAAAUGGAAUGGAUAGUGGGGUGUAGAAUUUCAGAGGAGGAAAGACAGGUCAGACGAGGGACUUGAAUGAGGUUUUGAGAAAAGAGGUCUUCACGUUGCCUAGCUGACACGUCCUUACCCCUGAGGUCUCCUUAUUUUAGUCCUCACCUCCUCCAGGAAGCCUUCUUGACCACCUGGAAUCGGGGUCACAUGGCCAUCCUAUGGGCCCCACGCCACACUGAGCUUGCCAGCUGGCAAGUUUGCUAACACUCGCCAUGUUGUAUUCUGCUGACUGUUUACUUCUCUGCCUCCUUGUUAGAUUGUGAGCCCCCCUGGGCAGGGACUGCUUCUUGUUCCCCUUGUGUCUUCAGCACAAUCCCUGUCACAUUUGUCAAAUGGAUCAACAGUGGAGAUAAAAACCCAGCAUAAAAUAAGAGUCAACAGAAUGCCAGUCGAAGUGACCAGGGUGCCAGAGGUGGCCACAGAAUUGGUUCUGAACCUCCCAAAGCCAAAGCCAGCCUGGUCGGUUACACUGAGAGCCAUGGUGUCCAGAAGGCAGAAGCCAACCAGCUACAUCCCACUCGUCUUUUGUACUUGUCUCUUCCUUCUGCUGCACUCUCUGAAAUCCCUAUGACUGUACAUUGCUUUUCUAAAUAAAAAUAAAAUCUAUUGGGGAGCAGAAAA